GGUGGCUCACGUGGUCCGUCAUAAACAGAGCGACGGUUUGUUCACGUGUCUUUUCCUGGGAGUUAGUGAUGCCUCGACCUUGCUAGGAAAAAAAAAAGAGGGGGAUGUCUCUACGCUGCGGGGGACCCGCCCGCACCUUGGGGCCCUGGGUAUUUGGAAAAUAUUUAUGCGGUCCAGUCCAAGCAAUAAGUUCCUUGCCAGAUAAAAAAAAGAAAUUUUUACAGAAUGGACCAGAACUUCAGGAUUUUGUAUCUGGUGAUCUUGCAGACAAGAACACCUGGGAUGAAUAUAAAGGAAACUUAAAACGCCAGAAAGGAGAAAGGUUAAGACUACCUCCAUGGCUAAAGACAGAGAUUCCCAUGGGGAAAAAUUACAAUAGACUGAAAAAUACAUUGCGGAAUUUAAAUCUCCAUACAGUGUGUGAAGAAGCUCGAUGUCCCAAUAUUGGAGAGUGUUGGGGAGGUGGAGAAUAUGCCACUGCCACUGCCACAAUCAUGUUGAUGGGUGACACAUGUACGAGAGGUUGCAGAUUUUGUUCUGUUAAAACUGCAAGGAAUCCACCUCCAGUGGAUGCCAAUGAGCCCUACAAUACUGCAAAGGCAAUUGCAGAGUGGGGUCUGGAUUAUGUUGUCCUGACGUCUGUGGAUCGAGAUGAUAUGCCUGAUGGAGGAGCUGAGCACUUUGCAAAGACUGUAUCAUACUUAAAGGAAAGGAAUCCAGAAAUUCUUGUGGAAUGUCUUACCCCUGAUUUCCGAGGAGAUCUUAAAGCAAUAGAAAAAGUUGCUCUGUCAGGAUUAGAUGUGUACGCACAUAACGUAGAAACAGUUCCGGAAUUACAGAGGAAAGUUCGUGAUCCCCGGGCCAAUUUCGACCAGUCUCUGCGUGUACUGAAACAUGCCAAGGAGGUUCGGCCUGAUGUUAUUUCUAAAACGUCUAUAAUGUUGGGUUUAGGCGAGAGUGAUGAGCAAGUAUAUGCAACAAUGAAAGCACUCCGUGAGGCAGAUGUGGACUGUUUGACCUUAGGACAAUAUAUGCAGCCAACAAGGCGCCAUCUUAAGGUUGAAGAAUACAUUACUCCUGAAAAGUUCAAAUACUGGGAAAAAGUAGGAAACGAACUUGGAUUUCAUUAUACUGCAAGUGGCCCUCUGGUGCGUUCUUCAUAUAAAGCAGGUGAAUUUUUUCUGAAAAAUCUAGUGGCUAAAAGAAAAACAGAAGCCCUCUAAUGCUUAAUAAGACAUUCAAGAUCAGAGGAAUUUUUAAAAUUUGAUUCUAGUUGGUAAGAGAGGUGGUGGCAGAAUGCCUAGACUUCAGUGGACAUACCUCAGACUUUUAGUUUUAGGAAAAAUGUCAAUAAACAGUGCAUGUUUAAUUAUAGUAAUUGAUUUGUCUUUUAGCAUAUCUUCUUUGUUCCAGUAAACAAUUGCUUGCUAUGGUGUAAUCACAAAAUACCUUUGUAAGAGUUUACUGUUAACAAUAUAAUUAAAAAAUACAUUGAAACUUCUAGAGAAUCCUUUAAGCCUGUUACCUGUACAUCACUGUCAAAUUUCAUUUCUGAAAAAUGUCAUACUGUGAUGAAACAGUCAGUGUAGAUUGAGACUCUGAUCAGUUCACGUAUACUUAGCAUGAGACCUUCACAUGGUACUAUAACAUCAUUGGAAUAAUUUUAAAAGGCUUAAGGGUUUGAGUGUUGAUUCUUUACAUUGGUGUGACUGUUUUAGACCUGUAAAAUAGUUUUGCAUUGAUUUAGGACCUCUAUGAAACCAAGACCACGAUGUUCUAAGAUAGGGCAAUAUAACCUAAGAACAGUAUUAACCCUCGUUUUAUGAUAGACUGCACUAUACCAUUUAUUCCUUUGAUUCCUCACACCGCUCUGAUGAGAUGAUGGUUGUAUUAUAUGAUAGUAAUGACCUGAAGAAGGAGUUUCUUUCCUGAGUACUAGAACUCAAAUUCGUCUUUUGACUCCAAAUCCUCUCUUUCUACUGCAUCUCACAAAGGAAGUCUUUAGACAGUUACAUUCUAAAAUAUGUAAGGUGGAUAGCCAAUUUUGUUUUGAAUUUUUAAAUAUGUGAACUAGUAUUUUUUAUAAAAGUAAUGCAUAACUUUGAAAAUUGGUUACGUUUUAAUUUAACUCAGGGAAGUCAUGUGUACUUUGACUUUCUUUGUAGAUCCUAAUAAAUUUUGCUGUGUAAAAUUGACCUCAUCAACUUUAAAUUUAAACAUCUCUGGCAGUCACCCUCCUUAAAAUCUAUUAUUUCACAGGAAAAAAUGAUUACUUUCCAGGCACUGAUUUUGUGAUGUAAUCUGGGUGUUUCCUAAUUUUGCACAGUCUAGACAAAUGGUAAUGAAACAUUUUAGCAGAGGAAUCAUUUUGUGAGAUGAAAUUUUCCUGGAAUCCCAAUGUAAAAUAAUUAAAAUGGUGUUUUAUUAGCACAAA